CAAACCACACGAGACACACACACACGCGCGCGCACACACACAUCCACAUACACACUAAAAAAACCGCCGCUUUCGCUCUCCUUCAUCUCUAACCACAACUUUUUGGAGUCAAGUUUUUUAACCCUUCCUUGCGAGCGUGUCGCUUAGAGAGAGAGAGAAAAUCUAAGUUUUUACGACUUCUUUUAGAGCCGUAUUAGAAGUAUUAGUCCGCUUAUUCCGCUGUAUUUGGCUUUUUCGGACGCGGCUGGCACGUUUUGCUCUCCGGGGUUUCUGCUGGUUCGUCCUGCGCGGCUCAGGAUGCGAGGAGACUCGGUUUUGUUCGCGAUCAGCACCUAAACUUCGACGAAGGACCUCGUGAAAAUAGGUUAUAAGGAAAAACAUACGUCUCGUCUUCUUUAUCCACUUGUUUCCUGUCGGCGGAGAAAGAGAGAGGAGCAUCAACUCUGAAACAUAGCCCAGCAGCAGCCGGAGGUUCAGCCCGCCCUCAAGCAGCGUACUGCCCGGCAAGGGGAGCGAUGUGAGCGGCGGGAGCGCGCAGCCCGAAGCGCAGCCAGCGGCGGCUCCCAGACUGCGCGCUCACGACAACAGGAGCAUGGUGGAGAUCAUCGCCGACCACCCGGCCGAGCUGGUGCGGACAGACAGCCCAAACUUUCUCUGCUCCGUGCUGCCGUCUCACUGGAGGUGCAACAAGACCCUGCCGGUGGCGUUUAAGGUCGUUGCACUAGGAGAUGUUCCUGAUGGAACAGUGGUAACAGUUAUGGCAGGAAAUGAUGAGAACUACUCAGCUGAGCUGCGGAACGCCUCUGCAGUCAUGAAGAACCAAGUGGCACGCUUUAACGACCUGAGGUUCGUCGGCAGGAGUGGGCGAGGGAAGAGCUUCACUCUGACAAUCACAGUAUUCACAAACCCACCCCAAGUGGCUACUUACCACCGAGCCAUAAAGGUCACAGUGGAUGGACCGCGAGAGCCAAGAAGACACAGGCAGAAGUUGGAGGACCCUCCAAAGCCCGGGCUGUUCUCAGAGCGCCUGAGCGAGCUGGAACGCCUCCGCCAGACCACCAUGAGGGUCGCCGUGCCAACGCAGAGCCCCCGGCCCUCUCUCAACACCGCAGCCAACUCCUUCAGCCCACAGGGACAGACGCAAAUCUCAGAUCCGCGGCAGGCCCAGUCGUCUCCACCCUGGUCGUACGAGCAACCCUACACACCAUACCUGAGCCAGAUGACUUCUCCCUCCAUCCACUCCACCACCCCACUCUCCUCCACCCGAGCCACGGGCCUGCCAGCCAUCAGCGAUGUGCCAAGACGCCUUUCAGGUACGUCUGAUCUGAGUCCUUUCACGGCUGACCCACGCCAGUUUGAGCGUCAGUUCCCCAGCCUGUCCUCUCUCACAGAGACACGCUUCUCCAGUCCCAGGAUGCACUACCCGGGCACUUUCACCUACACUCCCACCCCGGUCACCUCGGGCAUGUCUCUGGGCAUGUCCACCACCACCCACUACCACACUUACCUUCCUCCGCCCUACCCUGGCUCCACCCAGAACCAGAGCGGGCCCUUCCAGACCAGCAGCACCCCGUAUCUUUACUACGGCACCUCUUCUGGGUCCUACCAGUUCUCCAUGGUCCCGGGGGGUGACCGCUCACCAUCCCGCAUGCUGCCCCCCUGCACUAGCGCCUCUACGGGCAACUCCUUGGUCAACCCCAACCUGCCCACUCAGACUGAGGGGGGUGAGGCGGACGGCAGCCACAGCAGCUCCCCCACCGUCCUCAGCUCCAGCGGCAGGAUGGACGAGUCCGUAUGGAGGCCAUAUUGAGAAGGUCGUGGGGCGAGUAGCCCCAGCAAAGGCCAUCGCAGCACUGCUCACCUGAAAGGUGUAAAGUAGUAGUUUCCAUUUAUGGUCCUGCAGUUCUCAUGCCCUGCACAUUUUAGUGUUUUCCCUGCUCUAACACACCCACUUCAACUCAGUAAGGGCUUAGUGGUGUAAAUCUCAAACCUGAGAACAAUUAAAUUCCAUUAUGAUUCUUGAGGAAAUGAUUUUGUGUAUCAGGAACUCUCAAAUUUGACCAGAGUUGGAUUCAGUUAGAUCAUUUUGGUUUAAUGCAGAAAUAUUUUUAAAAUACUCUGAAUUCACAGAUUUGACUGGAGGUACACAGUAGUGGAUUAUAAGGCUAUCAAAGUCAAUACAGCUCACUUUUUGGUAGGAUAUUCACAUUUAAAAAUAAACUGAAAUGUUGGCGUUUGAAAAUAAGCUGUAAUGCACCUUCAGAUCAAUGCAUGCAGCUUGUUAAAUAUCUUUGCCCAGUUUUCCAAAAGCAUUUUAGUGUUAGCUUCAUCUUAACUGGUAGAGAGAGCGUUCACUUUGAUGCUCCCUUUACCAUUUAAGAAAUAUUUUUGUGCUAAAAUGUUUUUUGGGAAACCCAGCUCUGAGAAGUUGUGUGCAAAGGUUCGAAUAGCCUUGACCAAAUUAUAUGAUUAAUUGAAUAAACACACACAUCCCCUACAGGAACGAUAAUGUAAUUUUCUGUCAAGUUUAAUGCACACUUUCUAUGUGUUGGCUGGGUUUAACAAAGCAUUAAAUAAAGUGUGCCUUAAAUUUUACACAGGCCGCAUUUUAUGCUUUAUUUGUUCCCAUUUGUUAAAUUCAGCAUAUAAACAGUAAUUGUAAACUAAAAUGUGCAGAAGUGUGUUCUCUGUAGAGGAUGAGUUAUAGUUUGACUUUUGUAUCUGCAUAUGUUAAAACAGCACAAGCAUGAAAAUAUGUGAGGAGGAGGUACUUCAGGAUCAUGUUUGAGAAACACUGAUGUAGUACAAGUGCUAAUCUCUGUAAUAAGUGUCUUUCUGGAAUUGGUGUCCAAAGCACAAGUGUUUGCGAGGAACAAUGGUUAAACAAAUGCUAUACAUUGUACAGAGCAGUGUAUUUUUAUUAUAAUCUUUAACUUUCACAUCACCCCUCCAAGGAAUGAGUAGAGGCAUUACUUUGAGAUUUCUGACAUUCCACUGCAGAAUCAGUGCAAGCUAUACAAGCACUCAGUCACUGAAUUGAACUGGCAUAUAGAAGAACUUUUAUUGUAUUAGGUAUGCGUCUUCCAGGCUAUUGACUGAGAAUAUUUUCAUACUAACUCAGUAUAAUUUAGCAAUUUUUUUUAACACUGAACCUUUUUUUAACUUCUUUUUUUUUUUUAUUUAUGCGUGAAAGGUCAGCUAUUUUAAACCGUACCUGAUGACUAUGUAUAUGCCCUUGGAUCUCCUUAAUUUAUGUAUAAAAUUGUAGCAAAUAGGGUCUGAUUAAGAAGCAAUAUAAGCCAUAUAAACCUUAAAUUAUGCAAAGCGGUUAGAGAGACAAAAUUUAAGACGCUUGAAUAAUAUUUUUUGGGACGAUUAAUAACUUAACUGUAUAUUUACUCUUUAGUAAUUUAAAAUUUUUAUCAUUAUUGUAAGGCAGUCAAAUAUCCGAUAUGUAAGCAAUGAAGGAAAGAGACUGAGUUGUCAGACUCUGUCCUCAGAUCAAAUGUAUUUUUGUGGCUUUGUGUUCCUCCUGAGAAAGCAGUGUGCUUAUGGAGGGCCAGUCGGGUUAAUAAAAGAGUGGCACUUACAAAAACAUGAAGACCCAAGUCUUGAACUGAGUGAACCAUUUAUUUACACGUACAGUAUGUGGCAUAUUCCACUCUCAGUUCUUUUUCUGACUUUGUUAUCCAAUGUUUAUCAAGUUAAUUUAUUUUAAAUGAAUUUUUUUAUUUAAUGUUGUUGAGUGACUACAAGCAAGACCGAUAGCAUGCAGCAGUUGCCUCAGUCUUUCCAGGAUCACAUGGAGAUUGCCUGUUAACACUACCAUUAAUGUUCCCUUUCGGUUUACAUUCAUCAUGCCCUUAUGAACACAAUAUGUAUUUUAGUCUUGUAGCUUUGUCCUUUAGCUUCAGUGCAUGUACAUGAUUCAUCCAAGUGAUCAGCCUUUAAUUCUUAAACUGGACCAUUGACUGUGUACUCGUGAAGUCAGAACACUAUGCAAAAACUGUUAGAACUACAAAAACUAUGAAAAGAUUUUCAGUGACUUUGCAUCUCAAAUGUGCUUUUGUGCAUCUCAGAAGUGAAACUUUGUGCUGUCAUUAUUUCACAUCUUCUAGGUCAGGGAGGGGAAGUUAGGCCUUUUUCAGAUAUGAAGAAUUAAAGAUGAUAUAUUUCAUAAUGCAAAUUUUGUAAGCAGAUACAGCGUAUAGACAAUCAGCUGAUCCAAAUUACUUACUAGGGUUCAUUUGCGUGAAGACCUACUAUUGCUGAAUUUAUUUAUUCCUCGAUAAACGAUAGAGGCAUAAUGUGUCAAGAUUGAUUUCAUACUGACAAGAUCUGCAAAAACGUCAUUGAUUUUCUAUAAUGAUGUGAUUUUGUACGAGUUUUAAUCGAGGUCUUUGAAUAUGUAUGUGUAUUUUUUUGGAUUCCUACAACAAGUGGUACUUCAUUGUUAAAUUGUAGGUUAAGAGGCUGCGGGCAGCACCCUGGAAAACCAAUGUAAUUUUGUUUUAGUUUACAAUUACCUGGAGCAAAGCACUUCUUUUUCUUCUUUUCACUUUUGUUUGCUUUUUGAAUGAAGCCUAAAUGCUAUGGGAAAGGGAAGAUAGCCGUGUGAACCACAGACUAUCACUUGGGUCUCAAGGGUCAUGAUAGUAGGCUCUUAACAGAAGCGCAGGCAGAGCUUCUACCUAAUAGAUUACACACAGUUACAGCAACACAGUUCAGCCCACUUUGAAGUGCAGAUUCCAUUUAGAUGUAGAAGUAAGUGAGACAUAUUCCUGGUCUUCAGUACAGGUACUAUACAGGUACUCUCAGAAAUAAUAGUCAGGGUUUUAUCUAGAGCAUAAGGUGGGCUGGCUGAGGGCGGGACUAUGACAAUGACUCUCAGCUUCAGUGAUCAUGUUGCUUUCCAGCAUCCGUCCUCCAGUUUAAUUCCUUCUUUAAAUCUUGUCUUUUGGCUGUGAGAAGAGCGAACAUGUUUACAGUACUGCAAGCAGACAUAAAGAGCCUGUGCACUGUUAUCAUGUUAUUACUUAUUGCUAAUAACUGCUUUAUGGCAGUGUUUUAAUAUUACUGAAAGACUGACUUGGUCUGUCUGAAUGAUAUAUUUUGGUUGCAUCUCCAAGCCAAAUUCAUGCGAGCUAUUAUGGACAUUUGAGGGUUUCACGUCAAGCAGUUGACAAAUGUGUGGCUCAGGAAUCCUGAGCUUUAAAAAUGCCCCGUAAGUAAUGUUCAUAAGAAGCUGUGGUUGACAAAUCCGCUGCUGAAAUCAGUUCCACAAUUUUUCAUUUGCAAGUGAAAUCCAGCACAAUCGGAGCUGUGACUGGUGGGAUACAGAUCUUCAGAGGUUACUUGGGUUUCGUAAGUAACUGAAUAAGCAUGCUCCUCUCAGAUUAAGUGGCGUAGGUAAAGUUAGGCCUACAGGCUGGGAGUAGAGAAUCUCAGUCAUGCUGUUAUUUCCAAAGCAUCAGCAAAUUCACGCUUUUACCUUAGAAUUGCUAUUUUUUGGCAGUUUAGAGAGUUUGGCAGCGAUUUCGAGUUCAAACCAGCGGGCGGAGAACAACACAGGCUCCUGCGCAGUAUCUUUAACUUUGCACUCUAACAUCAGGUUAGAACAUGUCUCUCAAAUGCAGUGUUUUGUAUGUACUAUUCUGGAAAUAAACCCUUCACAAUUUUAUACAUGAAUAUACAUUUUUUAAAAUAAUCUUCAUUAAUGUUUAGUUUGUAAACUGCUGCAGAACAGUUUUUGUUUACUUUUACCAUUGCUUUCCAUGCACAUAUUGUACAGAUCUUUAAGUCAAGGUGGUCAAUCAACCUGGUUUGCUGUCUCACAUUGUUCAUUGGUUUGAUUUGUUUAUUUGUGGAGCUAUCACCAGUUUUUGUGGGACUAACAAUCCUGUAAAAAUUGUGAGAUUGUUAAACAUUUCUAAUGAUUGUAUCAUUGGUCUUGGAGAAUAAAAACUGCAUUUUGUUAAA